AAUCUUAUCCUUAACUAUUUCCCGUGUUUCAGCAGGUCAGUGUUUCGACGCCUUAGGCAGCCUCGCCUUUCUUUCUUUCAUUCUUUUUUUUUUUUUGACAAACCCAUGAACAUUAUACAGCUUGUGUAGUCACUCUCUGGCACACCUUUCCAGUCUUAUCAGCGAGGGCGUGUCCCAAACGAGCGCACUUGUUUCAGGAAUCACCUGAGUUCACUACACCAGUGCAGGAGGAGGAAAAUGGGGAAAGCAGGUGGACGUGGGGACUUUGAAUGGGUUUAUGACGAACAGCCGCACACAUGGAGACGAAAGGAAAUAUUAGCAAAGUAUCCCCAGAUCAAGACGUUAAUGGGUCCUGACCCCCAGCUGAAGUGGGUUGUGUCUGGAAUGGUACUCACUCAAUUAAUUGCAUGUUACCUUAUCCAUGAGUUGUCAUGGAAGUGGGUGUUUUUCUGGGCAUAUGCCUUUGGUGGAUGUAUAAACCACUCCUUGACCCUGGCCAUCCAUGACAUCUCGCACAACAUCGCAUUCGGGAACAAGCAGGUACGCUGGAACCGGUGGUUUGCCAUGUUUGCCAAUCUGCCAAUCGGUUUACCUUAUUCAGCCUCCUUCAAGAAAUACCACAUCGACCACCACCGCUACCUUGGAGGCGAUGGCUUAGACGUUGACAUCCCAACAGACAUGGAAGGCUGGUUCUUUUGUACACCUGCAAGAAAGAUACUCUGGCUUUUCCUCCAGCCUUUAUUCUACGCACUACGGCCUCUGGUGGUGAACCCAAAACCUGUGACCAAACUGGAGAUGUUGAACGCAGUCGUACAGUUUGCCGCAGACAUUCUGAUCUACUAUAUCUGGGGACUCAAACCAAUCGUGUACCUUAUCUCUGGCUCCAUAUUGUGCAUGGGCCUGCAUCCCAUCUCCGGACACUUCAUUGCUGAGCAUUACAUGUUCCAGAAGGGCCAUGAGACCUACUCAUACUAUGGCCCUCUGAACUUAAUCACUUUUAAUGUGGGAUACCAUAUGGAGCAUCACGAUUUUCCCAGCAUCCCUGGUAGUAGGUUACCUGAGGUGAAGAAAAUUGCAGCAGAGUAUUAUGAUUCAUUACCGCAGCACACCUCCUGGAUACGGGUGCUCUGGGACUUUGUGUUUGACGACAGCAUUGGCCCCUACGCCAGAAUCAAAAGAGAAUACAAACUGGCCAAGCAGGAAUAAGUUGAACCACGAGUGUAUUAUUCUCACAGAGCCGCUAUUUAAACGGAAAAGAGGACGAGCUGGACAGGCCUGCUGAACCGGUAGAAACACGUGGUUGAAACUGUUUUUUUUUUUUUUUUUUUGUCACAUAAUUACAGCAGGGAAACGGGUUUAGAGUACACACGACCUGGACUGUCAGUAUCCAUUGAGUUCGAGUUUUCAACAAACAAUGGAUGCUAAUAGGAUUUUUUUCUGUGUUUAAAAGCCACUCGAAUGUGUUCUCACCAAUGAGACGGCACAUGGACAUGCUGAAUAUAUUAUAAUGACGCUGUCCUUGUAAAGCCGCGUUGUAAAUUUUAUAGCAAAUAUAUUAAUUUAAAACAAAGACUCGAGCAGUAAGUGACGUGUGUACUUUACAAUGCAAUGGUUAAAUUAAAAUGAGCAUUCCUUGCUUGAGUAGUUGACACAGCAGUAUAUAAAGUGUGGUGUUUGUUUUUGUUUUAAAAGAAAUAUAAAUGAAUUUUUACUGCAUUUUAAAGCAGUAAGGUGAAAUCUUACUUCUUUGCAAUAAGAGUAAGCAUUGAGAAGUUUCUUACUGCACAUAUGAAUCCAUUUCAUCUGUUUGACCAAAGUAGUAUUUAGUGUGUAGCAUUUACACAGCCUAGAGAAUGCUUUACUUGCAGUUACACAAGUAUGACCCAUAACACGCUACGGUAAACAGGCUGUAAUAUUCGCAGUGUUCUUAAAUGUGAAUAAGAAUGUUCAGAUAUGAAUCGAAAUGAGUCCUACGGUUAAGUCAUGUGUGUCUUAGCAUACAGAAAAACAUCAUAAUCGUAAUAGAAUUUCACAACAAGGCCAGACACACCUUUAUUCUUUCUGGUGUUUGAUUUCACAUUGCUGAUUUUCAGUGUGUUCAGUUUUUCUUUAUCAACAUCUGUGCAAGGUUUGGUAAGAUUUAUUUAUAAAUAAAGAUUAAUUAAAUGAA